CUGUAAAAGCGCCUUUGAGCUAGCUUGUGCGGAUAUUCAGUGCGAAAGGAUUACUCGGACUAGAAGGGGGUGGGGGGUUUAAGUCUGUAGUGGAAGUGAAAGCAGAUGGCAUUUAUUGACAUGCUCUUUGUUCCUUCAUAAUUUAGUGCGUAGUCGAAAAUGCGCAGCAGGAUUAAAUCUUUUAUCUCCAGGCAAACCUCACAGCACGUAACCACCUCCUUUCUUUCCCGAAUAACGCGUCUUCUGAGAUACUCGUCUAUUGCCCUUCCUUUCUCAACAAACCCAAAUGGCAAACUUGCUCCACAAUGUCGCCGCAGCUCUUGAACAAGUGCGCUUAUUGACUACCAAUCUAGAAGAAUUGCGUCAAGGAAUUCAGGAUUCGACUCGAAACGCUCAGUCUACUACUACUACUAUUACUACUACUUUGACACCGCAAACGCAACAACAACAAGCUUCGGAUAGUCGUGGUAGCAGUCGUAAUAGCUCUCCAGCUGUUGAUCUCACGCAAGAACAAGCACAACCGCAGCCGCAGUCGCAAGAUCAACAACAACAACAACAACAACAACAGUCGUUGGAAUUGACUAGUGAUCAAGCUCGUCGAAUCAAAGACUCGUUCAGCUGCACUAUUUGUGUGGACUAUUUUGAGUCACCCUACACGCUUCAAUGUGGUCACACUUUCUGUAAAGUCUGUAUCAGGGCAUGGUUCGGCCAACAAAAGUCAUGUCCUGGAUGUCGUCGCGAUAUUGCCACACGCCCUGUUCCUGCAUACACUGUUGAAACUCAAGUAAAUGCAAUCCGUGCGUUGAUUCCAUCGACUGGAUUACAGGCACCAUCAGAAGGAAGUACGUCUGUCGAAGAGCGAGGACGCGCAGUACAAGAGUUUGAGCAGUUCUUGGAUCGCCUUUUCCCCGCUAGAACAAGCCGUGGCUAUAUACGCGAUGAAGAGGAUGGAGUUGAUCGAUGCCCUUCAUGUGCUUGGGAGUUAGAUGAAGAUGGAAUUUGUGUGAACUGUAACCUUGAAUUUCGACAAGCAGCCAGACAAAACCGUGUUUCGUUUACUUCUAAUUCCGAUUCUUUAUCUUCUUCAAGCGAUGAAGAUGACGACGGCGGCAGCGAUGAAGAUGAAACAAUGGGUGGAUUCAUUGUGUCCGAAGCUGAUGAUGAUGAUGAUACGAGUAAUAGCAGUAGCAGUAAUAAUAGCAGCGACAGCAGUGGUAGCGAAGAUGAUGUGAGCGAUAGUGAUAUAAGCAUGACUGAUCGGUAAAGAAGUUUUCUAAUUAAUUUACAAUAAGCACGU